AUGGAGGAGUCGGAGCGGCGGCGGCGGAGGCACCGGAAGCGCAGCCCGCGGGGAAGCCCCCGGGAAGCCGACAGGUCGCAGUCGAGGAAGAGGCGCCGGUCCUCGGGCAAAAAGAGCAGGUCGCCGCCGGCCCGGGAGAAGCGGAGCCGGAGUCCGCGACACGCGGGCGUCAGGAUAAAGCAGGAGCCGGAGGAUCAUUCUCGGAGGGGACAUGAAGAGCGGCAGAACCAAGAGCGCUCAGAGCUUGAACACAGGCAACGAAAAAGCAAUAGAGAGAGGUACCGGGAUCAUUCAGGUCGAAGGAAGUUCACUAAGGAACAGGCCGAGAGCCGUGGAAGGGAACAGGAUGGCCGCCAUCUCCUGGAUCAGCAGGCGGAUAGGGAAUUCUAUAAUGACAGGCGGCGGCAACAUCGUCAACAAAUGGAAGCAAGUGGAGACGAAGAAAAUAGUGAGGGAAGAGGGCCCAGCAACAAGAACACGGACAAGGAGGCUAGCAAAAAGGAAAAACCAAGCUUUGAACUAUCUGGUGCUCUUUUGGAAGAUUCCAAUACUUUUCGUGGUGUUGUGAUCAAAUAUAGCGAGCCCCCAGAAGCACGCAUUCCCAAAAAGCGAUGGCGUUUAUAUCCCUUCAAGAACGACGAGGUUCUUCCUGUUAUGUACAUUCACCGGCAGAGUGCUUAUCUGUUGGGAAGGCACCGGCGCAUUGCUGAUAUCCCUAUUGACCAUCCCUCAUGCUCUAAACAACAUGCUGUUUUUCAGUACCGGCUGGUGGAGUAUACCCGUCCCGAUGGCACAGCGGGUCGGAAGGUGAAACCAUACAUCAUUGACCUCGGCUCCGGCAACGGCACCUUUCUGAAUAACCAGCGCAUCGAGCCUCAACGCUAUUACGAACUGAGAGAGAAGGACGUGCUGAAAUUUGGCUUCAGCAGCAGGGAAUACGUCCUCCUCCAUGAAUCCUCCGAUGCCACCGAGGACAGUCAGAAGACGGAGGAGGAGGAGGAAGAGGAGGAAGAAUCCACCUGAGGACCGGCCGACAGCGGGUCACUCUGGAUCCAGUCGGAUCCGUCUGGUGGACCUUGGAGCCCGGAGGCUCUGGGUGCCCCGGCUGCCUUAACACCUGGAGACUCCUCAGGGGGAGAUUGCUAGACGGGGUGAUGGGCCAGGAAGCCCCAUUUUUGCUUUGGGGCAAUCUUUUCUUAAACGUUGGAUGCCGUUGUAGGAUUCGGUGGCAUCAGGGAACUUUUCCCAGCGCAUGUUUCGUGAUAAAACCUCUUUUGAGCAGCCGGUCCUCCUGAACACGCGGGGCCGCCAUUUACAGUUAACAAAACCUGUUCGUUUUCCCUUUUUUUUUUUAUUGCUGGUGCAGUUUGUUUAAAAAUAGAUGCUUUUUGGUUAAGAG